AUGGUUACAGAGACAGGAACCAGAGACAGUCUACAACGACCCUUGAGACGACAUUAUCGUCGCAAUCAGGUGGUCGUCGCUGGCAUUGAUGAUCAAUGGGAUGCCGAUCUCAUGGACAUGACAAAAUUCAGCAAAGAAAAUGACGGUGUCCGGUUCGUACUCUUGGUCAUUGAUAUCUUCUCCAAGUACCUGUGGAUGCAACCUUUAAAGGAUAAGAAAGGGCCAACCGCAGCCCGGGCACUCGAAGACAUAUUGCGUGAAGGGAGACAACCAACGAAGCUACGCACGGACAAAGGACAAGAAUUUCGAUCAAAAGCCUUGAACAAUGUAUUAGCGGAUCACAACAUACAACAUUUUUAUUCUCAAAACACCGAAGUAAAGGCCAGCUAUGCAGAAAGAGCCAUCAAGACGAUCAAAACUAAAAUGAAUCGUUAUAUGACAUUCAAAAAAUACCAACGAUACUUUGAUCGUCUUCAGAAUUCGCUCGGAAUUAGAACAAGAUGUACCACCGCAUUAUUGACACCGAACCUGAACUGGCUAGACCAAACAACGACGAAGUGCGCGUAUCUAUAUUUCUGUUGCGAGAGGAGAUCCCGCGCAAGCAAACAAAGCGGAAUUUCGAGAAUAUCAUCCAUUUUUGACAGGAUUUUCACCGUGUUGCGACGUUUCCUGAGGAACGGCAUUCCAGUGUACUCAAGGACUACAAUGACGAAGCCAUUACGGAGACAUUCUAUCAACCGGAACUCCAAAAAGUGGAUGUUACUGUUGUUAGAGACAAGGAUACGUUUAAGAUUGAAAAAGAUCCUGAAGACCCAUGGAAGAGGACCAAGCAUGCAACAUUUUGUGAAAUGGCUGCAUUGGCCAAAGAAAUUCAAUCCUUGGAUAAAUGCUGAUGACAUGGCUGCAUAA